AUGACAGAAAAGGUCAACCAGAAUAACAAUGAUGGCAAUAAAUCUGUUAGAGGAAUAACAAAUUUAAUUAUUGUUCAGGUCAUUACUAAGUUAUUUACAUUUGUAUUGAAUCAAUUGAUCAUAAGGUAUUUGACUCCAACGAUUAUUGGUAUCACUUCGUAUUUGGAUUUCAUUUAUUCAACUGUUUUAUUCUUUUCUAGAGAAUCACUUAGGUUAUCAAUUCAGCGAAUUAAAGAUGAUAAAGGAGGUAAUGCAAAUCAAAAAGUGGUUAAUUUUGGACGUUUGGGUUUAAUUAUUUCUAUUCCCAUUUUAUUAAUCACCGGGUAUUGGCAAAUGAAUUAUUCCAUGAUAUCAACGACAUUGUUUCAACUUCCGCUUCAUAAACUGGUUGUUCUAUUGGUUCUUCUGCUGAUUGUAUUGGAAUUGUUUACCGAACCUGUCUAUUGCUUGUAUCAGUUUCAAUUGGAUUUUAGCAAAAGGUCUAAAUUUGAAGGAUUGGCUAUACUAAUCAAAUGCGUGGUUACAUUUGCAUCUGUCAUGAUAGUUAAAAAAUACUCUACAAAUGAAAAGUAUUUUACCGGAUCUGCUAUUUGUGGGUUUGCGUUGGGUCAGUUUAGUUAUUCGCUCACGUUGUUUGUUUGUUAUUUAUCAGCAUUCAAGAGGGAAUAUUUCAACAAAGGUGUCACCUACCAAUUGGUGAAAGUGAAAGAUAGCAACAAAUCUGUUGGUUACUAUUUCCAGCCGGAAAUUUUGGUACUCGUUAAAGGGUUUUUCGUGCAAAUGAUUUUCAAACAAUUUUUAACAGAAGGAGAUAAGCUACUUAUCAGCUAUUUGUGCACAAUUGAAGAGCAGGGUGUUUAUGCUGUGGUUUCAAAUUACGGUUCUAUGGUAGCUAGGUUAUUAUUUCAGCCGCUAGAAGAAUCAACACGUUUGAUGUUUACCAAGAUAUUAAACGGGGAUGACACUACGAAAAAUAAUCGCUCAUUUACAUAUUUAAAAUUAAUCUCCAUUUUUUAUUUCAAUUUGAGUUUGUUGAUAUUAUUUGCCGGUGUUACCAAUGGAUCAUUUUUGCUUAGAAUACUCAUGGGAGGAAAGGCAUCUAACUGGGUGAAUACAGAUAUCUUUGAUGUCUUCCCUCAGUAUAUUGCAUAUAUUCCCCUUUUGGCAUUCAAUGGGAUAUUAGAAGCAUUAUUUUCAUGUAUUGCUAGUACUUCUGAUUUGCAGAAAUUUUCCAAGUACAUGACUUUUGUUACAUUUGCAAUAUUGGUUCUUCUGUAUUUAUUUGUUGAUAGAUUGGGUUUGAGAACAUCGGGUUUAAUAUUAGCUAAUAUGAUUAACAUGAGCUUAAGGAUAAUUUAUUGUUAUCGUCAAAUUCAGAGGUACUACAUUCAAUAUGGUAUUUCUAUAAAAAUGAGAAAUAUCCUCGGAUACGUUGCACCUUCAGUUGCGGUCGCUUUAUCGGCAUGGAUAGCACAAUAUGUUGCUAUUGGAGGGCGUACUGGAUCGUUCAUCCAAUUGAUUUUCAGUGCAGGUAUGUCAACUUUAGUGUUGAUGAUUUUAAUAUUCUUGGAAAGAGAUAAUGUGAAACAACCAUUGAGUUCAGUGACACGUAGAUUUAUCAAGAACAAAUCUGAUUAA